AGAAAAUCAAGGUAGAGCUUUAGUUAGAAAGCCCCUCACUGUUCGAAUGAGAAAACAAUGCAUACUGGAUUUAAUUGGAUUAUUGUUUCAAUAGUCAUUCUUAUUCAUGGUUUUGGCGAGUACAUAUCAUUAGUCAAUGGGUUUAAUAUUGAUUUAAAAUCUCCACUUCUCAAAACUGGACCAGAUGGUUCUAGUUUUGGUUUUUCCUUAUUGGGAUAUACUCACUAUUCAGGACAAAAAGGGGUGGUCAUAGGAUCUCCAACAGAGGGAAACAAUGGUGGACUGUUUUGGUGUCCACUUUUGAGGAGCACGUGUAGUCGAAUAGAUAUUGAUCUAGAAAAAGAGACUCAUAUGCAACCUGGACUAAAUGGAGCACUCUUAGGAUAUUCAAUGUCUUCAGCUUUUAACAACAGCCGGGGACCGAUUACUGUUUGUGCACCUCGUCUUUCAUGGUCAUCAGCAGCAUCUGUUUAUUUACCUGGUGGUUGCUUUGAAUUUAAUGAACGUUUAGAAGAGCCUCAAUUAAAUCCUGCACCAAGUGCAAUUUGUUUAAAUGUUAAAGAUUCUGAUAAAUCAAUUGAUCUGAGAUAUUGUACAUUUGGUGCAUCAGUUAAUCAACAUCCUAAUAGGCCAAAACAAUUAUUUAUGGGUGGUCCACAUUUUUAUUUUGAGAAAGGCGUUGGGGCUUCAGUGAAUACAAACACCUUUGAGCGAGUAAUAACUUCAAUUGAAGAUAUUCCUUCAAAUACACUUCUUGGUUCAUCUCUUGACACUACCGAUCGAUUGUAUGCACCAUUACCGGGAUUAAAAUCACAUGAACUGUAUGUGGCUUAUGGUGGUCCAGGUGUACCAAGUAGUGCUGUAAAUAGUUUCACUGAUAAAACAAAAUUUGGCACUGGAAUCGUAUUAAUAUUUCAAAGUAAUAAACAAAAUGGUAGAAAUAAUAUCAAACCAUUAAUGAAAAUAGAAGGACAAAGUUUUGGCAGUCGAUUCGGUCAUUCACUUAUAUUUCUCGAUAUUAAUGGAGAUGGUUGGGAUGAUCUAAUCGUCGGUGCACCUUAUCAAUAUUCCAAUACGACUGUCGGUGGACAUAGAAGACAUGGAGCAGUGUUUAUAUUUUUAAAUAGACAGUCAUAUUUCCAUACACCAGUGGAUGAAGUCAGUGGCGUGGAGUUGUUUAGUUAUAAUUAUCCUGAAACUUUUCAAAUAAUUACACCUCCAUCUCAUAAUUGUGGUAAUUCACAUAUUCCUGGAUUUGGAGCGACAGUUACAAAACUUGGUGAUAUUAAUCACGAUGGUUUUCAAGACUUUGCUGUCGGUGCUCCUUAUGAAGACAACGGUGGUGCAGUCUACAUAUAUCAUGGAAGUAAAUCUGGAAAACUUCAAAAACCAACACAAAUAAUUUGUGCAAAUGAUUUGCAAAGUCCAAGACCAUUAGAAGGAUUCGGAUUUUCACUUGGAUUGAAUGGUGCCGACUUAGAUGAAAAUGGUUAUCCGGAUAUGGCGAUUGGAGCAGCUUUGUCUAGCUCUGUUGCAGUGUUACGAGCUAGACCUGUAGUCAAGCUAAGAGCAUAUUUAACAUUAAUGGAUGGUAGUACUACUUUGCCUAGUUCAUUAAAUUCAUUAGUGGAUUGUACUCAUGAAGCUCAAUCGAUUACUGGAUAUAAAGCUCCGUCGGCUAAAUGUAUUGAUAUGAAAUUAAUUCUCACAUACACCAGUGUUGAUGGUAAAUCUUGCAGUCCACAUAAAACGUAUCCAGUAUCAAUUUUAUUGAAAUACAAUCCAACUAAUGAAUGGAUUACAGAAGGUUGGGAUCAAACUUCAGAAAAUCAUUCACCAAAUUACGAAAGUAAAUGCACCUAUAAUCAAUAUUCAACUAUAAUUUCCAAAAAUAUUAUGAAAGAAUUUUAUAAAAAUUAUACUUUAUCACCAAUUGUCUUUAUACGAGAGAAAAGUUUAUCAGAUAGUGAAAUGAUUGUUAAAGAUUAUUUUAAACGUAAUGAAUCUGCUUAUCUGACGGGUUAUGAUAGUCCUGGUGGUUAUUUACAAUUAGAAGGUAAUGCUUUUUGUCGUGAUCUACACAAAAUAAAAGAGAAUAUACCAUUCAAUCAAGAUGAAUUGAAUUCAGCUAGUACAUUACGAAUAAUAUUUCGAGAUACAUAUUUGAUUGAUCAAACUGAUCGUUUAAAAAUUGGUGUCAAAUGGAUUGCUAAAAUGACUGAACCAUAUCCAUUAGCUGAUCAAAUUGACGAGUAUCCUGUAGCUGAUCCACAUGCAAAUACUGAACUACUUCAAAUAUCUUUUGAUAAUCCCUGUGCAAUUCGACAAUGUUGCCCAACUGUAAGAGUUAGUUAUAAUGUGAAAGUAACCAGAGAUAAAAAUGGACCUGUUGUUUAUGUGGGUGAUGAUAAUAAUCAAACAAUUGAAUUAUCUGUUCGUGUAACAAAUAUUGGCAAUGAUUUAGUUUAUGCUACUGGAUUAGUCAGUAAUUUUCUACCAAAUUUAUUGGAACUUGAUUCAACUCUAAAAGAAGCCAGUUUAAUUCAACCGGAUACAGCAAUCUGUCAUCUUCAGUAUCCAUUAGCUUCUGGUGAAUCAAGUGAAUGUAUGAUACGAUGGCUUGUAAUCGGACAUCAGUUAGCUGUACAAAUGGCUAAGUUUCAUGUAAAUAGUACUGUAUUAAUAAGUUCUAAUAAUCCCAUACAAGUUGAAGGACAAUUAAAUAAUGAAUUACAAGUAAAUAUUAAAAUGAUUGUCAAUGUUUCAGUGUUUGGAACAACUGAACCGAAUACAAUUUACUUUAGUGGAAAUGUUAGUGACGGGAUUAGUUCAAUGACAGCAGAAAAUCAAAUUGGUGAUGUUAGAAUUGUUGGUAAAUUUACUGUACGAAAUUUACGUAAACAUAGUUUAAUACCAGCAUCACGUCUGAUCAUCGACUGGCCUUUUGAAUUCGCUGGGCUCAUCAAUGAACCACAUGGAAAAUAUCUUCUCUACUUGCUUGAAAAUCCUUAUGUAAUUCAACAUGCGCUUACAAUUCCUGGUCAAACAGUGGACAAUGAAACUAGUGUUGUUUGUGAUUCUAAAGCAUUACAGAAAGUUGUUAAUCCACAUAAUUUCCGAAUAUUUUCUAGACUAAGAAAAUCGAAUGAUGGUGUACCAGUACGAACUGCGUCAAUUAAUAUCCCUUCAGACAACCCUUCUCCGUAUCCCCCAUUAUCAGACAAAAUGAUCUUGGAACCAGUUCCUGAUCGUUUAGCAGAUUCAAAGAAAUUAGUUGAUCGAAAAAUGACUACAAUUAGUUGUUAUAAUGGACGUAUACGAUGUGUACCAAUUAUUUGUGAUUUAGGCAAGUUAUCCUAUAAAGCUGGACCGAUUACACUUGAAUUUAUCGCUAGACUCUGGGAAAAUACAAUGCGAGAAGACUUUUUAAAAGUAUUUUUAACUAAACUACAUCUGACUGCAACAUGGAAAGCUGAUGUUAAAUAUGGCAUUGACCUUGGCGGUUCAGAUUAUGCACAAGAUACAGUAAGUCAAUGGAAUUAUACACAGAUUUUAUCCGUGUUUCCACUUGAUUUUAUUUUUGAAUCAAUUAUGCAUUAUUUUAGCUUUAAGCAGUUUAAUAAUAAUUGUGAUGAUGAAUUUUGUCCUAAAUAAAUAACAAUUGUUAUCAUCCUUAAACCUAUUAUAACUGACUAAUAUAUUUAAAUUAUAACUAAAUAAACAAUGAAAUACUGCGAUAUAUGCUACUCGUGUCUGUCGACAUAAGUAGUAUGUAACACCGAUUAGAAGUGUUAUGCCUGUCAAAAGAAGGUUGAGAAGAGUGAACUAGAGAAAACAGAGGAAGAAAUGAAAAGGAAUUAAGAAUGGAAAGAAUCAUCAAGGAUGUAAAGGACAAUAGAUGAAAGAUUUGUAAAUAAAGUAUUUGACAUCUGGUUGUCAUAUUUUACCAAAGAACUGUAAUUUUUGACCAAGAAAUCUAUCCAUCUAUUAUUGAGUUGUCAUUACAUUAAAAUAUCAGUCAAAUAACGAGUAUGAUAGUAUAUUGAUGCUGUUACACUCACAAUACGCAAAUAGUUGGAAUUUAAUUUAUCUAUAUAAAUUGAAACCGACGAAGAAAUUUUAAUGAUAGAUUUCAUAAAGAUUCUACCUAAACCAACUGUUAUGUAUACUUUAUUGUUUAAAUUCGAUAGAUUUCAAAAUUAAUGUAACAAUAGCUUGUAGUAAUCAGCAGUUAAACAUAUGAGAUUUCAGAUUAAUUUCGAUAAAAUGAUGCUUCAAUGAUUGCAACAAAUACUAGAUGUAUUGUAUUUUAUACGUCAAAAAGAAAAUUCAACAUAAGUGUUAGAAUUAUUAAUCUUCACAUCGGACAGUUUUAUAAGUGAAAUUCUUCUUAGUAUUUAUUUUGAGUAUCACAAGAAAUUAUUCUGUUAGAAACAAUAUUCCCAAGGUAUUCAAAUUAAAACCCUACUUUAUUUUACUGUUUGUCUGAUAAACUCGAAAGUGUACUCGAAAUUUGGACAAUGUAGUCAUAAUAAUUAUACUCACUUCAUUCAAUACAAGAUGUUUGAUUACAGUAAAUGAUUAUUAUCAUGAAAUAUAUCAUAUUACAAAAAGUUUCGGAACAGUGAUAAACUACUAUUCAUAUUCACCCGUAACUUUUUUUACAAUCUACAUUGCUAUCAUGACAUCUCUUUUCAUCUGUGGAAUAUAUUUGAUGUCUGAAUUCUAUAGUAUUUGCCUUUUGUGUUUCUCCGAAUUACAAAAUAGGAGCGAAAUAUGUAAACUAUCACGAUAGAUCUUCUUAAGUUUCUCAAAAAUUAGAUUCGCAAGAGGUUGUAAACAUUCUAUGAAAGUGUGUAAAUAUAUGUCAUUGGUAAAAACGAUUAGUUAAGUAAAACGAAAAUAGGAACAUAUAUGGCAGUAACUGCCUGUUUAUUAAAAUAGUUGACCCAUGAAAUUGAUCAGACUACUACAUUAGAUUACCAUUAAUUUGUAUUUCACUUUUACAUAUUGAACUUCUGAUGAUAAUGUGUUAGUGAAAACUUACCUGACUGUUUGACAAGCGGCCAAUAUCAAUGGAAAGUUUUAAUACAAAAUAAACCAUGAAUAAUACAAAGAUUUAUAAACCGACUGAUUUAUUUUUUAUUUAUUUAAACACAAAAAUAUUGGUAAAAAAGGGAACCAAAAUAAAUAUGGGCCACAAAAUAAGAGAGGGUGAGUGUAAAGAAAUAGGGGAGGGAAGGCGAGAAUAGUAAAAAACUAAAUAAAUGAAAAGAAACAAGUGAACAAAGGUAGUAUACCAUUGGUAAGGCAGUCUAAUCAAGAAAUACAUUACCGGAAAGAAUUUUUUCAAUUAGAGUUCCUUUCAUUUUUGUAAAGAAAGUAAAAGAAAAUUACAGGAAGACCUCUACUGGCUCUUAUUCUAUCGAUAUCGGAUCAUGUCUCAGGUCACUGUGUCGGGCUAUUUGUAGAACCUCAACUACAGAGUCAUGAAGGACCAACCGAUACCAGUCCUGUACAACUUUCCUUCAUACCACGGUACCGUGUCAUACAUUGCUCAUCUCUCCGUUUUUCUCAAGCAUUCUCAGCGUCGUAAAACAAUGCAUGAUGUAGAAUUCACGGGACUGACAAAAUGACUCGUUUUUCUAAUUGAGAUUAUUUAUCGGAAAGCUUUAUGGAAACGUAACAUUGGAGAUAUAAAAUUAUUAUCAUUGUUUUAUCUAAAUGACGCCAUAGUAGCUAGAAAUGCAUCCAUGUUUGAAAACUAGGAAGCAACAUGAAUACAUGUAAAUAAAUUAUGAUAAAUACAAAUAUAUUGGAAAAAUAGUGUAUAACUUGCAAUGACUUUUAAACAGCAUUGUAAGGCAGUGGUGACAUUUUUAAAAUGAAUUUCAAAAAACUUACUUAUUUGAUCUUACUACACAUGUUUAUAAUAAUAUUAAUUUAUUCAAACAUUAUCGGUACCUCAAUUGUUCUCUUCAAUUGCCUAUAUAUAUUUGAAUAAUGAUUAUUAUCUUUAAUUCUGAGCUACAAGUCAUAAUUAUAGUAAAAAUUUCCAUUACGCCAUUUGGUAAUUAAAGAAGGAACGAAUUGAGCGAAGAAAUUUCUUUUCAAUUAGUUUUUCAUCAUGGCUCUACACUAGUAUAUAUAUGAUUUACAAUAAUGAUAUAAUACUCAUCGAAUAGAUACGUUACGUAAUAGUUACAUAAUGACAUUUAAAUUAACAUUGAGUAGUUGGAAGAAAGAGGAUUAUUAAUAAUCAAAGUAAUUAUUAAAUCAAGAAGUUGCUACGUUGCGUAAUAUAUGAAAAGAGAAGGAACAGAAUUUGAUAAUGGAUGCUCAAUAGAAUAGUAGUUACGUAAGAAUCAAAAGAUGAAUGUUGAGAAGUUAUAAAGUUCAAAAGCAACAGAAACAAAAUUACAAAAGUUAAAAUUAAAAAAAAACAAGUGGAAGGAGUAUGAAAAAUAGUUGUAUUGAAGGAAAUCUUAUACUGAUGGCCAGGGCAUAGAAAGUGGUUGUACCAGUGUACUAGUGUAGAGCCAUGAUGAAAAACUAAUUGAAAAGAAAUUUCUUCGCUCAAUUCGUUCCUUCUUUAAAUACCAAAUCAUAAUUACUUUAAUUUGUAAUCAACUAAUCUAAACUAUUUUCAACUAUUUCAAGUUAAUAUAAACUGAUUUUAAAUGACUAUUAAUGAAGUCCAUUAGUGUUGUUGUACUUCAUAGAAUAGAUUGUACAAAUGUUAAAUUAUAUUCAGCUAAAUAUUUUUUUUCUAGAAAUCGACUAAUAUGAGGAUAUUUUUCAUCACGAUAUAACAUUAUUUGCACAAUCCGUAUAGACCGGGAAGCACUGAAUAAAUAUUCGUUUUCUAAUUUAAAAAUGAACUCGGCGCCCAAAUAUUGUGAAACUAUUCGUUUAAAUUUAGACGAAAGUUCUUAUUUAUUAAAAAUGAAAUGUUACAAAAUUAUACACUCCAUCAGUGAUCAAACUUUCAGACUAGGCUAUCAAGUUUAUUAACAAAUUAGUCAUUAUUUCGAUCAUUUGUGUUUGGCAAAUGAACAGAUCCUUAUUAUCAAUAGCUGGGUUCUAAUUGGGUAGCUGAAUGAUAAUGUUUACCAUAAAACUUAAUGGUCCUUGAUUUGACCUUAUAUCAAUUGAAGAGUUUUGAACUAGAACAAAUUAAAUAUUCAGUUCACCUACAUACCUAAGAUUUAAAAAUGUUAACCUAUCCAAUGGUUAAAUAAAAUCAUAUUCUUGAUAAAACUUGAACUAACCAAAUACUUAUAUAAAAUAAGAAAAUCGAUAGCUCAAAAGAUUUUUAAAGUUCCUUUUGUUCCCAAUGCUGUAAAGAUGUAAAAAAACAACACCGAUGAAAUUUUAAGGUGAGUAAUAUAUUCUGUCUUCUAAAGUAAUCACAACUUUUUAAAAUAGGAUUUCACCAUAUAACUGAUACAAAUUUAUUUCAUCAUCAAAUUAAUAUGUAUUUGCGUUUUAACAAAAUUAUAUUCUAAUCUAAAUAAUAAAUGGAGUACCAUCAUUUAAAGUUAUUAUAAGAUUAAAAAAGCCUUCUUACAUAGAAUGAAUAAAAUAUUCACUAGAAUAUCACACUGAAGAUAAAAUGGUAUUCAUGUACAGAUCUGCAGUAAUUAACAAACAGUUCAUAUUUAAUGAUUAAUAUCAGACCUUGAAUCUCUUGUAGACUAUUUCUCUUAGAAUGUGGCAAAAUAUUGAAUAAUAAUAAUAAUAAUAGUAAUAGUGCCCCCAAAUGCCCUGGUACGGCCAAGAGUGGGGAGAGUCCGCUCUCCCUCUAGAAAUGCUCUCACAUGGCCACACGUAUAUAGCCUCUGCCAGGGAAGUCCUACUCACUGCCUUCUCGUGGCGGGGGUGUUGUUUACGAAAACGAAAGGACGAAAAGCGAAUGUCUGGCGCUUUAACCGGAUUCCAAACCAAUGGUGCACAUGGGCUCCAGUAUCCUGCGGGAACAAAUGGCGUAUGAACCAAUCGUUGGUCACCGGCUUCCAUGGGACUGCAUCUCCUUACGAUGCUCCACUGCUUUGUGGAUCAGACUCUCAGGUCGAAGGCUCGGGGUGUGGCCCCCUAAGAAAACCACCUGCUUCGGUUUGGGCACCCGGGCAGUAUCACAGCCCUCACACAUAUCAAAUGAGAUUUGUGUGGCGCAUAUGUAUUUGGUGCCUCCUUGUACCAAUAUCUAUGUGUUGAAAUAAAUAAAUAGUAAUAGUAAUAAUAAUAAUAAUAAUAAUAAUAAUAAUAAUAAUAAUAAUAAUAAUAAUAAUA